AUGGAAACGCUCAAACAAAACACAAGGUCACUGGCUACUUCAAUUUUUUUUGUUUUUAUUAGUAAUAGUGAAAGCCCUUACUUUCAGGCUAACUAAAGCAACAAAUAUAGCUUCUAAUAUUUAAUAAACAAAUAAUUUGUAUUCAAAAAUUUGUAACAACCUGAUUCCAUUAAGAAGAACGCACAGAAAUGACCGAAGGCUGGAAACAGACUGUUACUAAUGUGUCAGAACAUUUCUUCCCAGGACUAUCGUACUACAAUAAUGACGAAGAUGAUGAAUUCAUAAAGCUGGGUAAUGAAAUAGUAUCCAAUCUUCCACUACAGAUGUCUUUAUAUUUCAAUGUGGUUUUCUUUCCAGUAUGGCUAAUCACGACACUUCUUACUCUCUAUUUGAAGAUUGGCUGCCUCUCAAUGCUGUACCAAAUAAUAGUUUUGGUUGUGGUCACCCUGGCAGUAUUAAUCGAGUUAUUUCGACUGUACCUAGGAUAUCGAGGCAACCUUUGUGAAAUGAUCCCCGAGUUGGCCGGUUUCUUUAUGCUUACCGCCAUGCUACAGACGCCAUUGCAACUGUUUCUUCUAGUGGGAGGCUCAGGCCACGGAGCAGUACUGCGAGCAAGCGUGCUCGAACGCUGUGUGCAAACAGUGCAGGUGUGUCUACUAGCUGUGCAGUUGGUGAGUGGUUGUCAGGCGUUACGUAACGCGGCACGACAUUCCGCCCAGCAGUUCCAUAUUGCCCGAUUCAAAAUGGCCGAGCUGCCCAGUCGAUUGCAGUUGCGAACAAAGUCCACUUGAAUGACGGAACAAGACGAAGAAGAAGAACGAGAAGAAUAAGACAAUAAAGUUGAAGAAAGAGGAUAAAAUGAAAUUGAAGAAGAAGAAGAAUGUCACUUCACGAAUAAAGGGUAGAAGAAAGAGAAAAGGAAAAGACAUUGGGAGUAGGAAAAUAUAAAGAAUAAGGAGAAAAGGAUCAGGAAGAGGAAAGCUAAAGUGGAAGAGACUUGCGGAGAAGGAAAAUUGAGAAGGUGAAUAGUAGCAGGUGGUGGAAAUAGAAAAGGAAGAGACAUAGGGAGGAGAAGUUGAAGAAGAAGCAAGUGGAAGCAAGAAAAAAGGAAAAAUACAUAGGGGGGAGGAGAAGAUGAAGAAGGAGAAAGAGGAAGAGACAUAGGGAGAAGAAGAAGAUGAAGAAGAAGGAAGAGAAAGAGACAUAGUGAGGAGGAGAAGAUGAAGAAGAAGGAAGAGAAAGAGACAUAGGGAGGAGGAGAAGAUGAAGAAGAAGGAAGAGGAAGAGACGGGGAGGAGGAGAAAAUGAAGAAGAAGGAAGAGGAAGAGACAUAUGGAGGAGGAGAAGAUGGAGAAGAAGGAAGAGGAGGAGACAUAUGGAGGAAGAGAAAUGAAGAAGAAGAAAGAGGAAGAG